CAUACUAAGGUGAAAAGUUUGUAUGGUAAUUAAAAUAAAAAUUUAUAAUAAUAGGAAUAAAUGUUAUAAUUGGCGAAUUAAACAUUCUAACAAUUUCAAAUCUAUAUCAAUCGGUUACCUUGUCGUGUCACCUUUAUGUACGUACAUUCAAAUUAUUGCAACUAUAGAUAUCCAAAAGGCACAAAGAACCACAAUGGAGCAAAUUGAAAUGAUGGAGACAAUUGACAAAAGAAAUGAGGAAGAGGCCAAGCACCUCCAAGCAUCACUUCAGAGCAUCCAAAAUUUGGCGGAUGCUAAGAACAAUAUAGCUAUUGUCACUUAUAACAAACGGUCAUAGAAUUAAUUUUCCGUUUCAUCAUCGGUUGUUAUUAAUUGCAUUUGCACUGAACUACCAAAAAUUUGAAUUUGAAUUGAAGUGCAUUGUUUUUUUUUUUAUUUAUUGAAGUAGCUGGAUUUAUUUCUAUUAAUGGAAGUAGUCGAGUUUUUGUUAUACGUAGUGAAGUAGUUGAAUUAUAUAUUUAUUUUAAAUUAUUGAACUUAAUUACAUUUAUUGAAAUUGUUGAGUUUACUUUGAUUAUAAAAUAAAAAUUUAUUUGCAACGAUGAAAAGAAAUUUUGUCAGCGGAUGCUUCUUCCAGAACAAGUGGUUUAUUUCCUUGUUUAUAUAUAUACUAGCGACCCGCUCCGGCUUCGCACGGUUGCAAUGCUGAUACUAAAUACACUACAGAAAAACUGUGAACG